AUGGAAGGCACUUGGAAGAAAUUAACGAAUAAAAGUGAUGUGUAUACAUCAACAGCAGUGCAUGCCGGUACCGAUAUCGAUGGAUCUCCAACCUAUGUGGCACGAGCCCCAUUCACCAAUCAGAUAAUUCCGGGUAAACUUGUUGUAAGACAAGACGGGACGUUAUACUUUUUCUACUGUUAUGGCGGUAUAGAAUUUCUUGUCGACAAUAAGUUGGUUGAAUUUUUGGUUAACGAUGGAUACUGUUGGGAAAAGGAUCAACGUAAAAAUGGGGAAGUACCAGCCAACGCUAUUAUUGGUGGAAAAGGCGUCUAUAAUAUGUCCCAUUACAUUGGACGUGCUUAUCACGAAAGGGUAUGGAUUCCAGGAAAAAUUGAUGGACUUAAUAAAUGUUUAUUCGUGCCGUUUGAUUCCGAGGAACAUAGGAAAGAUGAGUAUUACGUUCUUGUCAAGCCAGACACAGAAGCAUAUGGCAGGAAUUCAUCGGGUGGAUGUUUUAAAUCUACCGGACGAAAAAUUAAUAUUAAAAACUUUGCUUUAUUCAAAAUUAACUAA